AGCCGGAGUCGCCGGCACAUAGACGCUACUGUAGCGAACAACAUCACAACAUCCCUUCUUCCUCCGCCUGUUGGUGAUUUUUAGUGACCAUUGACCAUUGGCUUGCUUUGGGAGAAUGCUUUGAAAUUGUGGGCGAUCUGUGAGUGUUGAUCAAGGAUGAGGAUGAAGUUGUUGAUGACGUGGUUGCUGCUGGCUGUUGUUCAAGCUCAGGAUGUCCUUGUCUCACUGGCGGAGUUGGAAGACUCCCUACUGAGGAGCCUGUUCCGAGGUUACCAGAAGUGGGUUCGGCCUGUGCAGCACGCCAAUGACACCAUUACCGUACGCUUUGGACUAAAGAUCUCCCAGCUGGUGGACGUGGAUGAAAAGAACCAACUGAUGACGACAAACGUCUGGCUUUGGCAGGAAUGGGUUGAUGUCAAGCUAAUGUGGAAUCCGGAUGACUAUGGAGGUAUCACAUCCAUCCGGGUACCUUCAGAGACAAUAUGGCUGCCAGACAUUGUUCUCUAUGAAAAUGCAGACGGUCGCUUUGAGGGAUCCCUGAUGACCAAAGCCAUCGUUCGCUGGGACGGGACCAUAACGUGGACGCCCCCGGCCAGCUACAAGUCUUCCUGUACCAUGGACGUCACCUUCUUCCCCUUUGAUCGGCAAAACUGUUCCAUGAAGUUUGGCUCCUGGACGUAUGAUGGAAAUAUGGUGGAUCUGGUUCUCGUGGACCAUUAUGUGGACCGCAAAGACUUCUUUGAUAAUGGCGAGUGGGAGAUCCUCAAUGCCACAGGAAUGAAGGGAAGCAGGAGGGACGGGGUGUACUGGUACCCCUUUGUAACUUACUCCUUCAUCCUCAAGAGGUUGCCCUUGUUCUACACCCUCUUCCUCAUCAUCCCCUGCCUGGGUCUGUCCUUUCUGACUGUCCUGGUCUUUUAUUUACCAUCAGAUGAAGGAGAGAAACUGUCGCUUUCCACAUCUGUGUUGGUGUCACUCACUGUCUUCCUCCUGGUCAUAGAGGAAAUCAUCCCUUCAUCCUCCAAGGUGAUCCCCCUCAUCGGAGAAUACUUGCUCUUCAUCAUGAUCUUUGUCACCUUCUCCAUCAUUGUCACUGUCUUCGUCAUUAAUGUCCAUCAUCGCUCUUCAGCGACCUACCACCCCAUGGCCCCAUGGGUGAAGAGCCUCUUCCUGCAGAAGCUGCCCAGGCUGCUCUGCAUGCGGGGGCACACCGACAGAUACCACUACUGGGACGCUGACACCAGCAGCUCUGAGCUGAAGCCUCGUAGAGGCCUGGGAAAAAGGGGGGGUCCUGGCCACCAGGGGGGCCCCCUUGGAGGGAAGGAGGAAGAGAAUCGGGCCUGGUUCGCCAUGCUGGAAAAGGCCACGCAGUCCGUUCGCUACAUCAGCCAUCACAUCAAAAAGGAACACUUCAUACGAGAGGUCGUACAAGACUGGAAGUUUGUGGCUCAGGUGCUGGACCGAAUCUUCUUGUGGGCCUUCCUCACGGUGUCCAUAUUAGGAACCAUCCUCAUCUUCACGCCCGCCCUGCAGAUGUACCUCAGCUCGCCCUGAUGAACGUAUAGAAACAUUCAAAGCUGUCAUUGAUGACGUGUGGAGCAUGCAGGGGAUGCAAAGCAGCAAUAAGCAGGUGGACGUAGCUAGCAGGAUGAAGCACCCACUUUUGUCUGUCAUGUAAUAAUACUCCAUAACUUGCUUUGUGUCCAAUACAGCAUGCUGCUCACAAUAGCUUGGUAUCAGUAUCAAUAAUCCAUGAGUAAUAAAGGCAUUUUUUUCAUCAUUACAUAAUAAUGUGUGUAUUCAAAGUCAAGUAUCUGAAUUUGAUCAAAAGACAUUCCACCAAAGGCGUGAGUGUGGAAAGUAGGACUUGAAUUCUUAGGGUGUCAUAACGCCAAGUCUCCAGUAGAUGGUGCCAAAUACACGAUUGGAAUCAGAACAGUAAACGACAUCAACUUUAUUGCCAAUAAAACCCGAGAACAGACAGGAUUGUAAAGAUCGCCUCUGCCCACACUUAAGCUGUCUUUCUUGUCAAAGGACGUAUCUUCGGUUACCUUCCAAGGAGACGUAAAACAUAUUUUUAUUUUUAUCUAUCCACAGUGUUUGUUUUUGUCAUCACUGAUGUUAAAAUGCAAUAUGAAAUCCCAACUGGGCCAAUGUUAGCAGACGUACAUGUCCUAGCAUAGGUACUUAGACAAUUAGCAUUCUUGUAUUGCAAUAUUUCUAUAUACAGCACUGUGCAGCAACUAAACCUCUUAUUCUUCUUUAUUUGAACAAAAAGGAAAACACGGUCACAAGAGAAAAAGCCACAAACACAAUCGAUAUAUUUGUCAUUUCAAGUGGUUUUACGUUAUUUUGAUCGUUGGUUUUAGUUAAAAGGGCCUUGUUUCAUUUACACGUCUGGCGGGAUUUACAUUAGGCCCGUCUUGGUUUUGUUACAUUGUGUAAUUUAUGUUCCGUCUGUGUAGGGUGCAGAAGUGAAGAGAAAGAGAACUUUAUUUUCAUUCUUUUGUUGAACCGGUAUGUGUUUUUCAUUUUUGUAAUCAUACUUUUUCACGUGUCAUUAAUCACUCCUUCCCCUUCUCUCCCCCACUCCGUUACUCCAACACCGUUGGCCACUAGUUGGCAGUGUUGUGAAGCGUUGUAAAUAUAUAAUCUGUGUUUAUUACCAUUAAAACAAGUAGCUCUCCCUCUCUUUGCCACACAACGUGGUUGGCAUUGAUGAGGGGUGCAGAAGUGAAGAGAAAGAGAACUUUAUUUUCAUUCAUUUGUUCCUCAGUUCUUCAGACCUAACAAGGCCGUUACAUAUAGUACCCCAGUGUUAACUUUAGCAUUGACACACUCAGUGUUGUUCUUUUAAGUUUGCUCUAAAAGAGAGAUGAAAAAGCCAUCACUCACGCCUUGUGUUUGUGUGUGAGGUAGUGGUUCGAGUCGAUGACCCUGCCUU